AUGACAGACGGGUUCAUUGGCAAACUUAAGCUGACAUUCAGCUCCAAAGAGAGAAAACACGAAAAGAUCCUAAGAGCAUCGUACCGGGCCGGCAAGCGCCAGGCCCAUGCUGAGCUCGGGUCCGCCACCAAGGAUACGUCGAGUCUGAGUGCUCUGUCGAGCGACAAUGAGCAGCUUUCGCACGCUCAGGGCAAAAACACCACCGGCACCGCGGCGCCAGGCCAGACUUUUGGCAGCCAGUCUGACCCAGCCGCUGCAAGUGCAGCAGGAGCAGCUUUGGGUACCGGCGGCGGUGCGGCAGCAGGCUACGGUGCGCUGAAGAAGGGCAGAGUUGUUUCGCUGCCUCCCAAGCGCUCGCGCGAGCCUUUGGACAAGGACUGGGGCGGAGACUAUGCCAACGAGAAGAGGCCUGAGGAGGUUGCAGGCGGCACUGGCGCCGAUUCGAGCAAAGCCGUUUUGGACAAUUCCCAGCCUAGAUACGACAACGAGGCCAGCCCAGUUCUGGGCAAGGGCAAGUUCUACGACCCCAAGGACACCCAGGGUGGAGUUUACGGCAGUUCAGGCAGCAAUUCUGCUAGCGGCUCUACCUCAGGCCACGGAGGUGCUUAUGCUGGUGCCGCGGGCGCAGGCGCCGCAGGCGCUGGACUCGGAUACGCAGCAGGCCGUGGCGGCAGCGGUUCUGGCUCCGGCUCCAACGAGUACACCGAGGCCACCCAACAAGAGGUUUCUUCUUACGACAAUUUGAAGACCAAGCCUACUGCCUACGCUGAGCAGGACAAGCAGGAGGCCGAGGCCAACAAGGUUUCUGAGCAGGCGUACGCCAAGGGCCAGAGACAGGCCAAGGAGUUGCACCAGCAGGGCAAGGAGAAGGCCCGUGCUGAGGCCGAAGAGGGCAAGAUUGGCUCUGGUGUGAACGAGCAGGAGGAGCACGCGCACAACAAAUCUGCCUACAACCAGGGCGGCGUGAAGCAGGCUUACCGCGAGGUUACCGGUGGAAAGAGCGAGGGUGGCAGCAACAGCGGCAGUAACGCCGGUUACGCUGCUGCCGGUGCUGGUGCUGGAGCUGCUGGUGGUGCUGCCGCCGGUUCUGCUCUUGGCUCCAAGGGUUCCAAGGACACCCAGGACGCUCGCUCCAACAUUGUGCACGCUGGCGAGCCACCAUCUGGCGACAAGUUUGACUACGACUCUGAGAUCAAGCGUUUGGACCAGAACAUUGCCACCACGCAAAAGGAGAUUGACGAGAUCCACAACAGCAGAGGCACUUUGGACCCACGUGCCGGUGCCACCUCUAGCUCUGGCGCUGUUCCAGCUUCGUCUGGUUCCAGUGCUCCAGGUGGCUCCAGUGCCUCCAAGACCAGCUCUGGUUCCGGCAGAGCCCUCGCGGGCGCAGGUGCCGGUGCUGCUGUGGGCGCAGGCGCAGGCUACGCUGCGAAGGACAGAUCCAGCGAGUCGCACGACCAGACCAAGGCCACCAACCAGCCUGGCACUUCCUCCUCCACUGGUCCUGCUAGUGCUGGCGCCGCCGCUGGCACCUCCCGCGAUGCCACCACCCACCAGUCCAAGACUGAGCAGUUCAAGGAGUACUACGAUGCUGGUGUCAAGAAGGGCGCCUACGACGCUGGUCAGAAUGCUGGUCAGAACGCUGGUCAGGGCAGCUACGGUGCCCAGGGCGCCCAGGGCGAGUCUUCUGGCCACGGACCUGGUCUUGUGGCUGGCGCGGCUGGUGCCGUUGGCGCGGCUGGAGUGCUCGCUUCCAGAGCCUUUGGCUUAGGCGGCUCGCAGGACGCCUCGCGCGAAUCUGACCCUCAGGCUGAGGCUCAGGCCAAGCAGGCUGAGAUCCAGUCCAAGCAGGCGGAUGCCCAAAAGGCCGAGAGCGACAGCCAGCUGGCCCGCUCUGAGAACUCAAGCUACCUCGACUCGGCCAAGGGUGCCAUUGGCGCUGCUUUCGGUUACGGCCAGGGCCUGAACGAGAAGAAGGAUGAGUUUACCCACGACUCGCAGACCACUGGUUCCAAGGCCGCGCACCCCCGCGCUGUCUCUACUGGCGGCGACCCAUCCUUGCAGGACCCAUCUUUCAGACACCCCGAGACUGCCGCUGCUGCUGGCUCCGUCGACACUAGAAACGACCCCGACCAUGCUGCCAGAGAGGCCAAGAACGUUGCUAGCGACAAGACCAGCCAGUCUUCUGGCGGUUUCCUUAGCAGAUUUGGCUUUGGCGGUGACAACAAGUCUGAGACCUCGACCUCGGAGGAGCAGAAGCGUGAGGAGCCAACUCAGUCUGGUCAAUCUGGCCAGUCUGGCAACAACUCCACCCUUGGUGCUAUUGCCGGCGCCGUUACUGGCGGCGCUAUUGGCACUGGUGCUUCUUCUGCUCUUGGCGGCUCUAGCUCUGGUACUGGCUCUGAAAAGAGCAACCUUGUGGAGACUGCCGCAGCCAACUCGCGCGAGGUGGAUGAGCAGCCCAAGCACAAGGGCAACAAGAACGCGACCGUCGAGGCCGCAGGCGAUGUGACCAACAAGGAGAAGGACGAUGUUCAGCAGGUUCCUGGUCUCGAGCCUAAGGGCAAGAGAGAGGAUUCCGAGAAGGACACCAAGCUGACUCCUUCUUCCCUGGCCAAGUUGGAAGAGGAGGUUGCUGCUCACAACAAGAAGCACGGUAUCAAGAACGACGGCCGUUCUUUGAUUGACAUUGCUGAGCAGGAGGACCCACUGAUUCUGAAGUUGCACCACGCCAAGGGCUUGCAGGGUGCACUGGACCUUGGCGGUGAGGAGGUUUCCUCUGGCGCGAAGGACGAUGUGCAGCAGGUGCCCGAUGUGGCCUUGCACCCCAAGUCUGAGUUCAUUAACCUGGGCGGUAAGGUUGGCCUGUUGGGCGAACCAACUGCCAUGGCUGCUGUCGGUCCUGAGGAGGCCGCUGCUGAGACGGCUCACUCUGAAGCCGCCAAACCUGCCCCAUCGCUGGGCAGCUACCAGGAGUCGCCCUACUAUGCGCCCGAGCGCGGCGGCAACCACCCUGCGCCUAGAGUGCUGGGCCAGGCAUAUGUGACGCAGGAACAGCGCGAGGCCCGCAAGAGAGAGGUUUUGGGCCACCAGGGUGAAAAGUCUGCCAACACUGGUGCCAGUUCCGCUGGCACUGGCUCCGCUGGCACUGGCAGCUCUGGCAACCCUGAAUACUCCAGCCAGGAAUUGCACGAAAAGACCGUUAUUGAGUCUGCGUACGCGGCCGGCGUGAAGAAGUUGGCCGAGGAGAGAGGUCUUGGAGUGGAGCACCAGAAGCUGGGUGGUGCAGGCGCUGGCUCUUCCAGCUCUGCCGGCAACGAACCAGUUGUCGAGGUGAUUGGCAUUGCCGACCGUGACAAGGCACAGAAGGUGGCGCUCAAGGCCACUCGUGAUCUUGAAAAGAAGGGCCAGGAUGUGCUGAACAGCAAGAUCGUGGUGGAUGCCAACAAGCGUGAGAUCUACAUUGAGAAAGGCGCCGGAGACGCUCAGCGCACCCAGGAAGCCGAGCGCGCCCAGCGCCAGGCGGAACUGUCUGGAGCCACUGGUGCCCUUGGAGGUGCCGCUGCUGGCGGUGCUGCUGGCGCCGCUGGCGCUGGAGCCCUUGGUUCUCGCUCCACCCACCCAGAUGCCGCUUUUGACGAAAAGAACCCCCGCGACGUGGACCCUCGUCAGUUCCACUCGCAGCACCAGGAGGUGAAGAGAGAGCUCGAGCAAGAUGCCCAGGAGGGCAGACUCGGUGAUGUCAAGCCUACUGACUCUGCUGGAGGCAGCGGCGUCGGCGCAGGGUCUGCUGCAGUAAUUGGCGCCGCUGGCGCCGCUGGAGUCUACGCUGCGAACCGCGGCGGCCACUCCAAGCAGACUCCAGAUGCUGCUUUCAACGAAGAAAACCCUCGUGACGUCGACCCCAGACAAUUCCACAGCCAGCACGAGCACGUGAAGGAUGAGCUCGAGGAAUACGCCCAGGAAGGUCGUCUUGGUGCCAUUGAGCCGGAAUCUAGUGCCCUUGGCGCUGGUGCUGGCGCUGGUGCUGGCGCUGGUGCCACUGGCUCUAGAGCUGCUGGUCCUACUGGUGGCUCUAGUGGCUCCAAGCAAACUAAUAGUUCUAGCGGUGCCGCCUUGGGCGCGCCAGACGCAGCUUUUGCUUCCGGUGCUGCCCUCGGUGCGCCUGCUGCCGCGUCCCAGCAGCCAUCUACUUCUGCUUCCCAGGGCUCUCGCGGCACUGGCCUGACCACCCAUGGUGCGCCAGAUGCUGCGUUUGACGAAGCCAACCCUAGGGAAGUGGACCCUAGAAAGUUUCACUCCCAGCACGAAAAAGUCAAGGACGAGCUUGAGGAGUACGCCGAGGAGGGAAGACUCGGCGAUGUGAAGCCACAGAGCGGUUCCUCUGGCUACGGUACUGCCGCAGCCGCUGGAGUCGCAGGCGCUACUGCCGGUGUUGCAGGCUUGGGCCUCGCCUCGCAGGGCAAGUCCCACGAACAGCCUGAUGCCACUUUCCACCUGCUGAACCCAGGCGACGUGGACCCUAGAAAAUACCACUCGCAACAUGAGGAGGUGAAGCAGGAACUUGAGGACCAGGCCCAGGAGGGCACUCUUGGCAACGUUUCUGCCACCCACGAUAGCUCCGGUUACCGCGAGCCUUACCCCAGUACGUCUACUGCCUCGUCUGGUGUGCCCGAACCCAGCCACUACCAGAAUGUCAAGGUGAUUGGCGUCAAGGACACGGACGCUGCCCGUGACUUGGCCAAGCAGGCUGUGGCUGCCAUUCAGGGCAGACCGGAGAUUUUAGAAAAGACGAAGGAGUUGCGUGUGGAUGCCUCUGGCGCUGUUACCGACGAGAACGGUGCAUUCUUGCUCCAGUUAGGCCGCGGUCUGAUUUCCGAAGACACCCAUGCCCACGGCGGUUUGGUGACUCCUCCAGUGGCAGGCUCUCAACAAUCGAAAGCCCUUGCCUCGGAGUACCCAGCGCAGUCCGCCCAGCCAUCUUCCAACCUUUCAAACCAACCAAACACAUCGGGCCUCGGCUCGGGUGCCUACGGGUCAGCCGGCUCUGCUGCCGCCGGUCUGGCCUUUGGUUCUCUGAGAACCCCAGGCGCCAACACUGCCUUUGGCACCCAGGAGUCUGACACACUUGGCUCUGGUGCUUCCCUGAGAGCUGGUCUUGCUGGCCACGGCGCCUCCACCACCGCUGCCCCCGGUGCUGGCGCUUCUUCGGGAUCUGCUGACGCUGCCCCUGAUCAGCAGGCCCUGGUGGCCAUGCCUGGCGCUCUUAACUUUUAG